GCUCCCGCAUGCAGGCGAAAGCAGAUAGAUGCAGAACGGCGCAAGCUUCCUGCCUGGGCCGCGCGGGAGAAGCUUCUCGAGCUGCUUCUGGAGCACCGCACUCUAGUGCUGGUCGGAGAGACGGGCUCAGGCAAAACGACCCAGAUCCCCCAGUUCCUCCUACGUGCGCGAUUUGUAACCGGUGGUGGCGUUAUUGCUGUGACGCAGCCGCGUCGUGUGGCGGCCAUGACGGUGGCUCGUCGCGUAGCGGAGGAGAUGGGUACCAAGCUGGGGCACAAGGUGGGGUACGCUAUCCGCUUCGAGGAUGUGACCUCGCCCUCCACCAGCAUCAAGUACAUGACGGACGGGUUGCUGCUGAGGGAGGCCCUGGUGGACCCGUUGUUGAGCAGGUACCGCAUCGUCAUCAUUGACGAGGCACAUGAGCGGACGGUGCACACCGACGUGUUGUUUGGGCUGCUCAAGGGGGUGCAGCGCACAUUGUUUCCUUAUAAUUCAUUCUGCAGCGGCCCUGCACAAUGCAGCCUUCGGUCGGCCCGGCCUGAUUUUCUACGCAUCAAAUCGGCCAGGCGCGGUGACGACUUCCGUCUUAUUGUCAUGUCGGCCACAUUGGAUGCAGCUCGCUUUGUGGACUACUUCCCCGGGGCGGUGGCAGCACUGAUACGCGGCCGACAAUUCCCUGUGCAGGUGAUGUAUACAGCAAAGCCGGAGGACAACUACCUCGACGCCGCAAUCAACGCCACGCUACAGGUCCACACAGAUGAGGGUGAGGGGGACAUUUUGGUCUUCCUUACCGGGCAAGAUGAGAUAGACUCCGCGGAGAGGCUGCUAAAGGUCAGGAACCAAGGCUCCAAGGCGGACCCCUGCCGGGAGCUGCUGGUGCUGCCCAUAUACGCUGCAUUGCCGCCCGAGCAGCAGAUGAAGGUAUUUGAGCCCGCACCCGAGGGUCAGCGUAAAGCCAUCCUCGCCACCAAUAUCGCCGAGACGUCCAUUACCAUCCCUGGAGUCAGGUACGUCAUUGACACGGGCCACGUCAAGGCGCGUGACUACAACGCCAAAUUGGGUCUAGAGUCUUUGGCGGUGGUGCCCGUCUCCCAGGCUCAGGCACGGCAGCGCAGCGGGCGGGCAGGUCGCGAGGGCCCCGGGAAGGCCUUCCGGCUGUACACGGAGUCGGACUUCUCCUCCCUGGCGCCCGUCACACCGCCCGAGAUCACCAGGUGUAACCUGGGGAGCGUCGUACUGCAGCUCAAAGCGAUGGGCAUCCAGGACGUACUUGGGUUCGACUUUAUGGACCCACCACCGCGAGCGGCAAUUCUGAGAUCCUUAGAGUUGUUGUACGCCCUAGGCGCCCUGGACUCCUCGGGUCGCCUGACUGAGGGCGUGGGCUCACGGCUGGCGCGUCUGCCUGUGGACCCCAUGUUUGGUCGGGUGCUGCUGGCGGCUUGCGAGAUGGGGUGCGGUCAGGAGGGGGUGGCUGUCGUGGCCAUGGUAUCCACGGAUAACGUAUUCCACACGCCAAGGGCAAAAGAGCGUGAGUGGCGAGCUGCGCGGCUCAAGUUCCUGGCCCGCGAGGGGGACCACCUCACAUUGUUAAACGUGUUCCGGGGCUUCCGAGAGCUACCCAAGGACAGCCAUAAAGCCCGAACCACUUGGUGCUCAGACAACUUCAUUAACAUCAGGGCGAUGCGCAAGGCCGAGGACAUUUACGACCAGCUGGUUCGCUUCCUGGGCCCGCCCUCACCGCCGGGUCUGGGCCUGGCCCUGGUGUCCUGCGGCGACGACACCGCACCUCUCCGACGGGCCCUGACUGCUGGGCUGUUUCCUCAUGCCGCCAGGCUGCAACCCGAUGGGUCCUACCGAGUGCUGGCCACCGGGCGUCAGGUGUUCCUGCACCCCAGCUCCGUCCUGCUUGAUCGCAAGCCCGACUGCUUGGUCUUUAACGAGCUCAUGCACACCACCCGGACCUACGCACGAGAUGCAGUGGCCAUCGAGGCCAGAUGGCUGCCCGAGCUGGCGCCUGCUGUGUUCGCAGCCAAGGCUGGCGCGGCAGCCGCCAGCGCCGCUGGCACAGCUACUGGGGCAGCGGGCGGAACGCCAACCCGAAGAUGAUGCCGCUUAAACGACUUGUUUAAAGUACUUGUUUUGCGCUGUGCCUUACAUUUACGACGUAUCGUGAUUGAAUGACGGGUGAGGGAAGAGGAGUGAGGAGUGAGGGUGAGGAGAUGUGGGCUGACCACGUCCGGACGGGACGGGGCGGUAUCGAACGUGACAGUGUGAGGCGGUGGUGUGAGGCCCAGGGGAGAUGAAAAGAAUCUCAUUGUGGGGCGCCGAUGAGGAUGUGUCCUCCCUAAAUGAUGCCGAAGGCCCGAGAUACCAAUGCGCGGACUCAAUUGCAUAUGUCGCGUAUAGGGUGCAGUUCAUGGUGUCGUGAAGGGUACUCAGAUCCGUACGUUCAGGCGCGCGCUAUAGCUGUUUUUUUAUGAGGUUGGCGUCGAUGGGGGCUGGGCUCGUGCAUCGUAGGGAUAGCGUGAUGGUGUGCGUGUGUGGGGGUAUAUGUGUACAUGAUGCAGCCUAAAAAGCUCUGCGACAGGAGCAAUGCGGUGAGACUCUUUGCGUAUACACGCGUGAAGACCAGGACUAGG